AUGGCUGCACGAAAGCAGUAUGGCGAACUGCCUCCCUCGGCCAACGGAGAAGCCAUCAAGCCAUUCACACUCAACAUUGCCGAUGCCGAAUUGGCUCGCAUGAACACUCUCCUCCAGCUGUCGACCGUUGCGGCUGCGAAUUACGAAAACACGUAUGCCGACAGGUCGAACCAGUUCGGGGUGACGCGCGAGUGGCUUGUGGCCGCAAAGGAUCGAUGGGAGAAGGGCUUCGAUUGGCGCAAAAGAGAAGACCUAGUCAACUCCUUCCCCAACUUCAAGACCGCCAUCCCCGUCCCCGUAAACGGCUCCCCAAGCACCUCCUCCUCCUCCUCCUCCUCCUCCAUCAACAUCCACUUCACAGCCCUCUUCUCCAGCAACCCCCGCGCGACCCCCAUCGUCCUCCUCCAUGGCUGGCCCGGCUCCUUCUUCGAGUUCCUGCCCAUGCUCAACCUCCUCCGGGAGAAAUACCCCGACGACGACGAGUUGCCGUACCACAUCGUCGUGCCCUCCCUGCCCGGCUACGGCCUCUCCGACCCGCCUCCCGCGCGGCGCAACUUCACCGUCGACGACGCCACCUGGAUGACGGACCACCUCAUGACCAAGGCCCUCGGCUUCGACGCGUACGUCGCUCAGGGAGGCGACGUCGGGGCCUACGUGGCGCACUUCCUCGGCCUCGGCUAUCCGGCCUGCCGCGGCGUGCACCUCAACUUCCCCUCCGUCCCGCCGCCGCCGGACUUUGAUGCCGACGGCGGCGCCCUCGACGACGCGGACGAGGAGGGCCUGCGGCGGAACGCCGCCUUUGCCAUGACGGGCGCUUCGCACGCGAUAUGGCAUGCCGUCAGGCCGGCCACCGCCGGGCUCGUCGUCAUGGCCAGCCCCCUCGCCAUGUUGGCCUGGUUGGGCGAAAAGUUUCUUUAUUGGACCGACCCGGCGCUCACCUACUCCGUCCAGCUGAUGGACGAGGCCAUUGCCGAAUCGGCCCUGUAUUACCUCACCGGAUGCGCGAGCACGAGUCUGUAUCCCUACCGCGACCUCAUGUCCAGGGGGCAGGACCCGACUGCCGCGUUGAGUAGCGUCAUCGCUGCACCCAAGAUCCUUGGUUACUCGUGGUUUCGACAUGAACUCGUCAUGGCACCCAAAGCGUGGCUGGCCAAGAUUGGGAACCUGGUCUUUUUCAAGCGGCACGAUAAAGGAGGGCACUUUGCGGCGCUGGAGCAGCCGGCGGCCUUGCUUGAGGACGUGGAAGAGUUUGCCAGCAAGUUGGUGCUGAAGUCGUAG